CUUGUUUCUUUCCCCAGAUCGACCCGUAGUAGCAGCUUCUCCUCGGCACUACGACCACAUUAUCGGAAAUAUGAUUUUCUUCGGGAUUUGAUCGGCCUUUAAGAUAUUAUAUCGAUUUUGACGUAUCGUUAUUAGAUAAUUGCUUCAGCGGUUAUGGAGGUUGAUUUCAAAGCCUCAUGUUCUUGUUAUAAAAAUUAUCCACUUAGAUAUCCUUACUCCGCACCACCCUCGUUGCAUCAUCGACACCAUCAGUCAACACCUUUAUAAUCAACCCUUCGUAUGAGCCCUCAUGGUUCAAUAUAUUAAGACUCCAGAGUUAUAGUGAAAGCAGUAGACAAAAUAUUAUAACAAUUCACCUUCAACAUGUCUUUAAGCAAAGAGAACGCCGAGGCCCGCCUUAAAGCUCGGAAGCCAGUCCCAAAGCCGACACCGGCGUACCUCCCCGUAUCCGGGUCACCCCUCACAGUGGACAAGGACCUAUACAAUGGCAUCGCAACAGCCCCGCGAUCACUUAUAGAAGAGUUCACGAUUCCGAUUAGAUCGGGGAGAGCUUGGAAAGCACCCGCUGGAUCUAUUAUUCGGAUCAGCACCCCGGAAGGACCACAGGUCGGCGAUUUAAAUAUCUGGAAUGCGCAUAACCCUCGAGAAAAAUUCUGGGCGGCUCGGACUAAGCAAUUGCAUGCAUCCCACGUUUCGACGGGCGAUAGACUGUGGUCUUGCUUGCCGUUUAUGCGACCGCUUGUUACUAUCGUCGGCGAUAGUCUAUCGUGGUACGGCGUCGAUGAGAACGGCGGCAGAGUUCACGAUUUAUUAGGCACGGGAUGCGAUGGAUAUAUCUCUAGCGUAUUGUCUGGGAAGGGAUACGAUUUCCACUGCCGCUCUAAUCUCACGCGAGCAGUGCUCCCGUUUGGUCUAAAUGAGGGCGAUGUGCAUGAUGUGAUUAAUUUAUUCCAAGUCACAGGUCUGGAUGAGCAAGGCCGUUACUUCAUGAGUCCGUGUCCGGCAGAAAGGGGAGAUUAUAUUGAGUUCCUGGCUGAGCAGGAUGUGUUGAUGGCAUUGAGUACUUGUCCAGGCGGUGACCUAUCGCGAUGGGGCUUCGGAGCCGACAGUGAAAAGGAGAUGAUUAAAUGCUGCCGGCCUCUGCAUAUCCAAGUUUACAAGCUCGAAGACGAGAACCUAUUGCAGAAGAAUGGGUGGAAACCUGCUGAGCCUGCACCGUACAAGGGACUGCAUGGCUUGCUCGUACCCGAGGGAGAACACGAUGCUGCAUCUGUCAAAUCGUAAAAUUAAGUAUCGUAUCGUAUCCAUAUGCUAACGUUCUAAAUCAUAAAUAAAUGCAAGAUAAUGCUGCAUCCAUAUCCUAACCUUAA